AUGGCAAAUUCAGCGGGCAGUGUAACUACUCAAGUGAAGAAAGUGAAUAUAGAUAUGGAAAAUCAAUGUUUUGCCACAGAAGAAUUCAAAAAUGGGAGUGAGAUGUGUAUGCCAUCGAUGAAUUCUAAUAACGACAGAACCCAAAGCAAGAACUGCAAAGGUGUCACUUCUCCUGGUUUGUCCUUCUCCCCUACAAAUUUUUAA